AAUUGCGGGCAUUGUGAUCAACCGCGAUCUUUCUGACUCGAGCGGAGUUAAAUACACUAUAAAGCAACUGAAGUGACCACAUUGACUAUUGCGUAGCCUGACCACCAUGGCGUUCACCAAUUCAUACAGACGUCCCGUUGCACUUGGUAUCCUCGCCGAAGAAGAAUUGCUCGGUCCCGACCCGUACGAUGUUAAUUUUGUCUUUCCCAUCCACCCCGAAAGCCUCGAGACAGAUCGUAUACGCCUAAUACCAUUCAUUCCGAAAGUGCACGUCAAGGCAGCAUGGGAAGUUCUGUCCGUCCACCAUAAUGAACUAUUCCGGUUCUACCCAUUCGUAAUCCCGACUCAAGAUCAAUUCCUGACCUUCAUGGAACGUCGCGUUCGGAGGGAUCCCCAAAACAUUUCCUUCGCUAUCAUCGACAAGACGCGUCCGGAUAAUGCGCAUCCAGAGUUGGGAGGUGGCUCUCUGGCAGGGCUCAUCUCACUGUUCGACACCUCCGCAGAACAACUGGUCACGGAGAUCGCGUUCGUCAUGAUCUUCCCGGCAUUCCAACGUACCCACGUUACGAGCAACGCCGUCGGGCUAUUGAUGAAAUAUUGUUUGGAUGUUCCCACAGCAUCCCCACCUGGUCUGGGUCUUAGGCGCGUCCAGUGGCAUUGUCAUAGCAAAAAUAUCAAAUCCAAACAACUGGCGGAGAGGGUGGGGUUCCGGGACGAAGGAAUUCUCAGAUGGCAUUGGGUUUUGCCGAAGGAAUUGGGUGCAGAUGGACAUGUACACUUGAGGGAUGGUGACCCUGCGUCAGGGAAACCUGGACGAGAUACAAUAUCUUUGUCGGUGUGCUGGGAUGACUGGGAGAACGGUGGCCGGGAAAAAGUUCAGCAACAGAUCGACCGUAGGGUCUGAAAGUCAUGUACUGCUUUGUACCGCAUCAACUACAAUCAACUGCCGGUCAGCAAUGCUAGAGAAUGUGUUGAAAAUGAGACCAUCUCGCAGAAGUUCUCCAGUCAGAUGUCCUUGACAACAAUUCUUCGAACAACUAAAUUACUGAGGAUAGGAGUAUCAGAAGAUGAAUGCAUUGCAACUACCCUCAACGUUCCGGGUGUACA